UGCCCGCCGACCUGAGAGCUACCGAUGCUAGGCUAACAGUCGUUAGCUACCGGGAGCGGACAUGUUGUACCGACCCUUCCUCGAAAAAACAUCGCUGUAAGCGGGCAAUCGGGAGUUUAGGGAAAGGCUCGGAGCGUUGGGCAAUCAUGGACGCCGUCAACGCCUUUAACCACGAGUUAUUCUCGUUGAUGGACUCCAAGCCCCCAAUCUCACGGGCAAAGAUGAUCUCCAUCACCAAAUCAGCCAUCAAAGCUAUGAAACUCUACAAACAUGUGGUCCAGAUUGUGGAAAAGUUUAUCAAAAAGUGUAAGCCUGAGUACAAGGUAGCGGGCCUGUAUGUGGUGGAUUCCAUUGUUAGGCAGUCCAGACACCAGUUUGGAACAGACAAGGACGUGUUUGGCCCAAGAUUCACCAAAAACAUAACAGGAACCUUUGAGAACCUUUGCCUUUGCCCAGUAGAGGACAGGAGUAAGAUUGUGCGGGUGUUGAACCUGUGGCAGAAGAAUGGCGUGUUUAAGAUUGAGGUUAUUCAGCCCCUCUUGGACAUGGCCGCUGGCUCUAGCAGUGCAGCUGCACCCUACACAGGCUCAGAUGACCCAGGUUCAUCUCCACCUCCAGCCAAAGAGCCAGUUACUGCGGUAACGGCAAACUCCACCAUGACAUCCACUGCUCAGCUGCAAAACUCCGAUGCCUUUGCUGCUGUGGCACAGCUCUUCCAGUCCACACAGGGUCAGCAGCUUCAACAAAUGCUCCAGAACUUUCAGCAGCAGCCAGCGAAGCCUGACACCGACACUCAGCCUCCUGUCCCUACUGUUCAAACACAGGCCCCGAACGUCACUACUGGCAUGGGCAUGGUCGCCCCACAACCACCUCUGCCCACCCAAGCCACCCAGCAGAUGACGGCCUUUGACAAGACAUUGCUGGACCGGUUUGACUACGAUGAUGAACCAGAAGUUGGAGAAGAAACAAAGAAGGAUGAAAUGUCAUCACAAGCCUCCUUUAUGCAGCAGCCUCCAGCCUUCCCACAGCACAUGGAGCACUUUAAACCACCGAUGAUUAACAUGUUGCAAGACCUCUCACAACAGGCUCCUCUCCCUCCCAAUGGCCAGCUCCAGGGCUAUGGUCUACCUCCAGGACAAAGCUUCCCAGUUAUGAUGCCUCCCAUAGGGCAUGCUGUGCCAGGGCAGACCCUCCCUGGUUCUACUGGGCCUCCAGGCUUCCCAGGAGUAUUCCCUCCCCACAGUGCCGCUCAGCAACAACAGGAUUUGUCAAUGGAUGCGGACCGUUCAGCAAUGAGAGAUGGCAGACAUGGUCGACGGUCAAACUCAGGCUCCAGGUCUCCAAAGCGGAGGAGGUCACGGUCUAAUUCCCGUACACGACGAUCCAGACACAGGCGAUCGCGCUCGCGUUCCAGAGACCGCCGUCACCAUUCCCCACGCUCUCGCUCGCAGGAGCGCCGGGAGAGAGAGAAGGAGAGAGAGCGGCGACAGAAAGGCCUCCCACCACCCAAAAGCGAGACACUAAGCAUUUGCAGUACAACUCUCUGGGUGGGCCAGUUGGACAAGAGAACGCAACAGCAAGAUGUUGCCUGUUUACUGGAGGAGUUUGGGCAGAUAGAGUCCAUCAAUAUGAUCCCUCCACGUGGCUGUGCCUAUAUUGUCAUGAUACAUAGGCAAGAUGCCUUCAGGGCCCUGCAGAAGCUCAGUAGGGGAACUCACAAAGUGAACCAGAAAGCCAUCAAGAUUGCUUGGGCUUUGAACAAAGGCAUUAAGUCUGAAUUUAAGCAGUACUGGGAUGUGGAGAUGGGUGUCACCUACAUACCUUGGUCUAAAAUCAAAGAGUCUCAGGUGGAGGAGCUAAAAGAAGGAGGAAUACUGGAUGUAGACACCUUAUCACCUGAGUGGAUUGGUGUGAGGAAGACUCUCGGUCUGCAGGAGGAGCUCACCCACAACGGCCGUUCAGAGCCACAGCAGCCUGAGGAACCACAAGUAUUACCUUUGGCUGCCGCAGCUCCUCCUCCUGCACAGGUUCCUCCAAUGCAGCAGCCAAUGGUUGGUGUGGGUUCUCUCCAGCCUCCUGUGUUUCCUGGUCCAAUAGGCAUGCCCCCGCCUUCCUUCCCUCCAGGCGUCCCCCCUCCUCCUUUCAUCAGACCUGGCUUCAACCCCAUGCAGAUGCCUCCAGGUUUCCCUCCCCCAGGUGCCAUGCCUCUCGGUCCCCCACCUCCCUCCAAAGGUGGCAUUGAAGACCCGCCUCUGGACCCAGCGGGUCUGGGCCACAGGAAAAAUGACGAGGUCCCGGAGGGUCCCAACAUUUUCAACAACCAGAUGGGACCUAUGGGUAACCAGUUAGGUGUACCUCCAGGUGCACUUCCAGGUUCUCUCCCAGGUGGUCCUUCAGGGAACAUCCAACCCCCUUCUGGUGGUCUGCUUGGUGCACGACCAGGUAUAAUCCCACUCCAGCGUCCUCCGGUUCCCCCACCACCACACAUGCAGCGUUUCCCUCCACCUCACGGGCCACGACCCCCUCACCCCAACAUGCCACCUAUGCCCCCACAGAUGAUACCCAGAGUGCCACACCCUCAAAUGAUGCACCAUGACCCUCCUCCACCUAAAGGAGGCUUUGGGCUGCUCCCUCCCCACAAUAUGAGGGCUCCUUUCCUUCCACAUGGGCAUGGCCCUCCUCCUCAAGGUCCUCCUCCUCCUUUUAUCAGACCAGGGGUACCACGGGGCCUCGACGGGCCAGAAGAAAUGGAUAGCCGACCAUUCAGGGGAGACAGGCCUGGAUUCAGGGACCGAGAGCCAGAGAGGGACAGGGAGUGGGAUCGAGAUCGAGACAGGGAUAGAGAGAGGGAUCGAGGUUUUGGAGGUGGAAGGCGGCCAUUUGGUGAUGGAGGAAGGGGUGGAGGUGGUGAUAGGAUGGAUGGGAGGGACAGGCUCGGAGGCUGGCAGGAAGACGGAGGAGAUCACCGAGGAGGAGGAUGGGAGAGAGACAGAGAUCGGGAUAGAGACCGCGAUCGAGACAGAGACCGAGACAGACGAGACUGGAGGGAAAGGCGGAACAGCCUGGAUAGCGACAGGGAGCGAGGGAGGGGUGAUGAUGCGGAUAGAGAGCGGGGGAGGGGAGAGGGAGGAGGAAGAGGAAGGGGAGAAGGAGGGAGUCGAGACAGAGGGAGAGGAGCUGAAGGAAAGGAAGGGGAAAGGCCGAGGCGGUCAGAACGACGAGAGAGGACCACGCGGUGGGACAGAGAUGAUCGAUUGGCCGAACUGGAAAAAAUGGACAGAUUUCGGACCUCGAACAGCACAGAGCAACCUCGACUGACUCCUGUGGUUACCACAGAAAGCAGUGAAGAACCAAGUGUGGAGGCUUCUGAAAAGAAGGCAGAAUCUGAACUUUUAUCUCCGUCCCCAGGGGUUACUACUGCUGCAGGAGAGCCAAAGCCGUCUGAGCCCUCACCUUCAGCUCAAAGUGAGCCCACAGAAACUAAACAGGAAGCAGAAUCAUAGACUGGCUCACUGCUGCUCCUUCAGCCAGAGACUGCUGUGAACCACUAAAAAAAAAAAAAAAGAAAAAAAAAAAAGUGGGGUUUUUUUUUCACUAUGAGUCAGCCUCAACUCCUGGCAUAUGAAUUCUAGCUCGUCACAGUUUGUCAGUUGGUAAUUGACAGUUUCUGGGCAGUAUCACAUUGCAGCAACAAACAUCUCCCACACGUGUUGUCAAACAUGUAAAAUGGUUGUUUUCUGGCAUUUUGGCUUAUGGUCAAAUUUGGCUUUGCAUCUGUUUCUCAAAACACACGACCACAUGAGAAUCAGUAUGGUAAAAUUGCUGUAGUUAAAUAUUGGCUGUUAACUGUUUUUCCUGUAAGUCAUAAGAAUUAUCGGAGUGCUUGCGUGUUAACUUAGCUCUGUCCAUUUGAGGUUAAUUUGAUCUUAGCUUUUAUGUUUUUACUCAAGUUGGUUUGCAGACGGAGAAAACGAAUGACUUCUGUGACAAAUUUAUUUUUACGUCAUUGCCUUAUGUGUUUGAUAGCAGGCACUCCCCAACACGAUGAAUAUGUUCAUUUUUUAUUCUUUUUUUUAAAUCUGCCAAAAUGUCAUGUCAUACACUGAAUAUCUUCGCAAAUAACUGAUAAUAUAGGCACCAUUGAUUUUUCUCUGUUUUCAUCUCGUCUUGUGUUUCAUGUCGGCUCCUCAUUGCGAGAUCCUAGCCAGUAAGACACAGCUUUGAUAAGACUACGGUGGCCUUAAAAUCCACUCAUGUUACUUGUAGGUGUUUAAACAGAGAUAAAAACAAAUUGUGAAAGACAUGUUGGUAAAUUACACACACAAA